CCUGUCCCCGCCCCUGUCCCCGACCCAGGGGUGUACGUAUAUAAAGUGUGGGGAGGGAUGGAGAGGACAGCAGACAUCCGAGCAUCGUGCCUGUCGCUUGGAGUCAGACGAGGACACACACACACGCUCGGUCUUCCACAGCGCGUUGGCCCAGAGACAGCCAGAGACAGCGAGAGAGAUGCAAGCCCUGGUCGCCGCCAUCUCCAUCGCCCUGCUCCUGCUCCUGCCCCGGGUGUCGGCGGCUGCCAGUGACCGGCCGCUGUCGGAGUUGCUGCAGGAACUAGCGCCCUACGGCAGAGAGGAGGUGGCGAGGAUGCUUGUCCUGGCGCUGAGGAGCGGAGACGGGGAGGAGGCGGCGGCGGAGACCGAGACCGAGCGGAGGAGGGAUGUGUCGGGGACGGGGACCGGGAGCGGCCGCCGAUGGAAGUGGCCCCGGGAUCGCAAGACCGGCUGCAAGAACUUCUUCUGGAAAACAUACACGGCGUGCUGAGGGGGGGGAGUGGAGAGAGACCCCCUUCCCCGGGGACAGAGACCCCCUUCCCUGGGGAGAG